AUGGACAUUGAAAUACCGACUGACGAAGUUAUGAUAUACAAUGAAAUCACAGUUGAUGAGACUGUACGAGAAAAUGAUAAUGAAACACCUGUAGAUGGCCCAGUGGUCGAAAAUGGAAUACCGACUGACGAAGUUAUGAUAUACAAUGAAAUCACAGUUGAUGAGACUGUACGGGAAAAUGAUAAUGAAACACCUGUAGAUGGCCCAGUGGCCAAAAAUGAAAUACCCGUAGAUGUUGAAAAAAAUGACAGGGCUUACAUAGAAUAUGAAACAGCAGUGGAUAUGUUUGCCAAUGCACAGUUGGAGAUAAAAGAAAAUGAACCAAUUGAUGAGGAGUUGGUUAAGUUUUUAGAAGAUCUAGUACAAAAUGCUCUUGAAGAAAAUGGUCUUGAAGAAAAAAUAUAUUCAGAAAUUAAAAAACCUGCAAUUACAACGUAG